GGGGUCUUGAACGUGGCAUCAAACAGCUACAAUCAUGGCGGCGUAGUAACAACUUUUGCUGCGAUGCGGUUACAAUAUAUCAUUCAUUUAUGAAGUAUCGUCCAAGUUUGCAUUAUCGAGGCUUCAAAGUUACUUUGUAAUGUUUUAAGACUUUGUUUACGUGCGCUACAUAUUACAAAUGGCUGCGUGGGCUGGCUUUUCUGACGAAGAGUUGCGGAGGCUACAGAUGAAGGAUCAACCAGCGUCGAACCCUGGGCAAGUGCAAGGACGAGGCCGCAAACCAACUCAAACUUCCCGUAGUAGGCAACAGCUGCAGCGGGAGAGGGCGUUGAAACUUGCAACUCAAGUGACAGAUGGCUCUGACGCAUUACCUGCCGAACAGAAGCUCACCAAGCCCCAGGUGAAGCCCACGCCUGUUAGUAAGACUCCUUCCAGCCCACCUGCAUCCUCAUCACAGCCUGUUGUUAACAGCAGGAAGGAGGAGCCUGUGGUGAUGACGACAAAGCAAAGUGCCGUCAGCAACCAUGCACCUCCUGAACCACCACCACCUGAAAUUGCACCGCCUGUGGUCAUGGAGCUGGAGAAGGAGGAAGUGGAAUUGAGGGAGAAAACUCGCCUGGAGAAACUGCAGGAGGAGCAGCGAGUGAUGGAGGAGAAGAACAAACAGAAGAAGGCUCUCCUGGCCAAAACCAUCGCAGAGAAGUCCAAGCAGACCCAGGCUGAGGCAGUGAAACUGAAGCGUAUCCAGAGGGAGCUGCAGGCGCUGGAUGACUCCGUGUCCAGUGACAUCAACAUCCUCCGCAAGCUCAUCGAGCAGGCCAGCCUGGACUACUCCACAGCCUGGAAGCGUUUUGAGCGCGCGGAGGCGGAGUACGUGGCAGCGAAGCUGAGUCUGCACCAGCGCACCGAGGCCAAGGAGCAGCUGACGGAGCACCUGUGUGCCAUCAUCCAGCAGAACGAGCUACGCAAGGCCGCCAAGCUGGAGGAGCUCAUGCAGCAGCUGCAGCUCAGCGGAGACUUGGACCCAGCCGACGUAGAGGCCCUGCAAGCACCAGCACCUGGGGGAAACCCCCAAACCCCACAAUUGCCCGGGGGAGACCCCAAAACCCUCCAGACGCCUGGAGGAGAUCCCAAAACCACUCCACCGCCUGGGCCAGGGGGAGACAGUAAUGCCUCUCGCCAAGCAGCGGAAGGGGGCGACAGUGCUCAAACACCUGGGGGCGACUCCAGAUCUCAUCAGUCAGCUGGGGGAGAGCCCAACACCACCCAGCCACAGGACAGCCUGGCUCCCCAGCAAGAGCCAGGAGCCGGGGCCGGGGCAGGGGUACUGUCCUCUCCCCCCACCCAGGGCCCUGCACCAGCACCGGGCGGCGAUUCCUCCAGCGCUCCCCUGGUGGAGCCAGUCAGUGGACAUGAGAGCCAGGGCAGUAAGCCGCAGCAGCAGAACGGUACAGAGGCCAGCCAGGCACCUGGGGGUGGGGGACAGUUACAGGACCCAGGGGCUACUGCCCCCCAGGACCAAUCCCCACAAAGUACUCUGGUCCCACAAGACACUCCCACCUCUCCAUCAUGAGAGUACAGUAAAUAUUGCAGUGUGUAUUUAACACUUAGGGAGUCCAUAUAACACUCUACUAGUGUGUAUUUGGUCCCAGAGUACUCUCUGCGUGUUGAAUAAACACAGCAUUAUUUUACUGUGUGGGACACUGAGAUCAAUGCCACCGGCACUUUUUUUUUUAAAGAAAUUAUUUUCUAGAUUUUUAUGCAUAUAUACUUUAUACUUUUAUACAUGUUAUGUAAAGGUGAGAACAAAGGUUACUUGUCAAAACCAGGUAUUCAGGGAGACGCAUAUUUAUAUGUCUGUGGGUGUGUCUGAAUGUGUGUUGGAGUUCACUAAGUCCUCUUGUAAUGACAGCAGUGGUUGAGUCGUUUCUGUGAUCAUAGCAGUACUGUGGAGAUGGCUAUAUUAUUGCAAAUGCCUGUCCUGACCAAUCAUUUUCCCCCAGCCACAGUCCUCUUUGUAGCUGCAUGAAGACAUGGAGCAUGUGGAUUUUUUUUGUCCCAUCUGUUCAUGGAUUCUCAACUAUUUUGCCUACUGUGACACUAAACCUAUACACUGAAGGCAGAAUGACAUUUUCUGGGUAAUGUUCACGUCCACUUUCAUGGCAAAGAAUGCCAUGGCUUUCCACAGUAAAAGUGCUGUUUAUGACAUAA